UCUUAUAGGAAGGUUAGCGAGAAACGUUAUCACAACCUACUUGAUAUUCAUAAAUAGGUCUUUGCCAUAGUAGAAUUAGUAAUUUGGCUAUCAGCAGCUCAGUUCAUCUUUAAAACGGAGCGUGGGAGGGAGAACGGCGGAGAGCAGCAGCCGGGAGGCCAAAAUGUUCAUCAAACGAGGAGUAUAGUGUGGAUGGCUUGAUGCAGCAAGAAACCAAAGUGAUCCGUGGGAGUGGAUCUGAUGGCCUCGGUGGAGUUGCUCUACAUAGAUAAUACAGGGGGAAGACCUGAUCCUCCCAGAGUACUGGAUUGGUCUUCAAGCCCACUUCAUGUUCACAGGCUAAGCAGUUCAGUGGAAGAAGCUUCUCCCACUCUGAAGAGGCCUGCCUGUGAGGGACAGUGUAAUUCAGCACCAAGGACGGCUCCCGUCACAGGACAGCAUGGCCAGCACCGGCAUCAGCCCCUAGAGAAGGUCAGGGUGUGUUGUGAUGAGGAGCUGGAGACCUCGUUUGCUUACAUAGAUGAAAACGUCAAUCUCAGGUUGGCCACCCCAGACACAAGUGAGAAAAGCGCUCACCGUGCGAUUUCGCUCCAUGACUCCACAAGCGAAAUCUGUCCUGAGGGCCUCCAGGAGUUGUCGCUGAUGUCUGACGUUGACCUCAGCUCAGAGAGUUCGGGGAAAUCUGUGGAUUACGGAUUCAUCAGUGCAGUCACGUUCCUCAUCACCGGGAUCUCGCUGGUGAUCAUAUCGUACACGGUCCCUCGUGACGUCAGAGUGAACCGCGACAACGUCUCUGCGCGUGAAAUGGAAAGACUCGAGAACGAGAGUGCCAGGAUAGGUGCGCACCUUGACAGGUGUGUUAUUGCCGGCCUUUGCUUUCUCACCUUAGGCGGAGUGGUGCUAUCCACUUUGCUAAUGAUUUCAAUGUGGAAGGGUGAGAUGUACAGGAGGAAAGCCUUUGCUUAUUCAAAGAACUCUGCAAAGCUCUACGGUUCGAUUAAUUUAAGAACAAGAUCGAGUCCCAGCCGCUCGUCGCCACCACGUAGUUUGGUCGAGGAGGAGAAUGGCAAUGCCAUUAGUUGACUGUUUUCUCCAUUUAUUUCUAUUGGACUGCCAACAUAACAUCAACCUUUCCAGCAUGGCCAAAAGAGCUUGUUUUUCAACCUUGUAUCAGUGAUAAUUGCUUACUGAUGCAGAAAAAACAUAAUAUCAGAUAACAGAUUUCUCAGGCUUCAGAAAUACACAGCAUGAUAUCAUUUAUUAAUCAUAAAGCAAGAUGCUUUUUGAACAAGCACGUUAGAAACGUAAGGUUGUGUGUCAGGAAGUUAAAGGAAGUUGCUCACAGUAUUCAAACCCUUACUUUCCAAGCUGAAAAUGAAAGAUCUGAAAGAAAUUAGUCCUGUUGUACAGAAACCUGCUGCUAAUACUGACAACCCUACUGCCUCUUUCUUACUCUUUCAGAAUACUGAAAUCAAAUGUUUCCACUUCAUCCAUUUCAUCAUGGCAUGUAGAGUGAUUGAGGGCUACAGUUUCUGGUUUAGAUCACUUCAGAUCCUCAGAAAGCAUUGAGAAAGCACUGAGAAAAUGCCAGUGUAUAAUUGGGAUGUUUAUGCCAUUAUUUUCUCAUAUUGUUAGUUCAUGUUUGGAAUGGGCCAUGCAGAAAACUAACACUAACCCCCCCAACCAAGCGCUAAAAUAUUUUAUAAAUAUUUAAUGGAGGAAACUGCCACACAAUGAUUUGCUAUCUUUUGGAAAUUUAAAUCCAUCUCUCUGAGAGAGCAAAGCGUAACUAUUGUAUCUUCACUUACACUGUAUACUCACAGUUGAACCUAUAGGCUCUGAGUAUGUAACAAGAUAUUGACACAAAUGAAAAAAAAAAAAGUCUGUGCCCACAGGAUUUAUCAUAAGACUUACAAUAUCAAAUACAUAUCGUUGUCAGGGCAUACUCUGAUGAUUAAUGACAGUUCAUAAAACUCAUAACUUACAACUCACUUUCUGAUAUGAAAAUAAAAUUAUAUUCUUGAUGUUGUGUCAUCGCUUGUGAUGAAUCAUUAGCAUGUAUUUGACUGCAAUAAGUGUGACAAUUCAAAACCUGUUUUUGACAUUUAUGACCAUGAAUCCGCUGUGUUCACUCCUAAAUGGUCUGUGCAUAUUUUUGAGAUUCCAUCACAAAGAGAGAGAGGAAAAAAGAAAAGAAAAAGAAACUUAAAAGAGGUCCAUCUCUAAAACAGUGGCUGGUCAUAUGUAGUUGCACUGAGACUUUUCCUAAAGAUAUUUUAGCUUUAAAGUCAACUUAAUUUUCUGGUGUUUUUACUGUACAUUAGUUAUCAAGCACUAAAGCAGCAUAGAUGCUUCAAAUUAAUCAAUAACAUAAAAAGUAUUGUGCACAUUUCAGACUGACUGUGAAUUAAUGGAUGUUAUAAUUUUACAGGAAAAUUACUAUUUGUUCAUAACAUAUUUCUCACAAUGAGUAAGAUCAAAAUUUAAGGAUAAGAGAUGAGUCACUGGUAAUUGCCCACAUUAUCUAGGACUGUCCUACCGGACAUCUCAAAGGGAAAUUAGAAAUGUUAAUAUAAUGACUAUUAAUGAGCUGAUUUGAAGGCAGCAUGUAAAUGGAACAGUUAGUAAGAUUAUGAGCCAGAGCGCAUAUUUUUACUCAUCACAGAAUAGACGCUAACAAGUCGCGUUUGCGAGUUGAAAAUAACCAUAAUAUCAACAGUAUCGCAGGCUUUCUAGUCUAGUUUGCCGCAUGGUAUUUAUAUAAAGCAUGGCUGUCAUUAUUGUUUCACAAACAAAUGUUAAAGUUACCAUUUACACAUUUUUGAGACUGACUGUAUGAUAAUCAAAGCGCAAAUUUACAGCUUUCAAAACAGUCGCUAACAGAAGUCACGUUCGCCUAUAAGGUAACAGUUAGCGCGCUUUCUAUUAGAAUUUGGAGCGCGCGGUAAAUAUAUAACGCACAACUAUUAUUAUUUUUCACGAACAAAUGUACAAUUUACCAUUUGCACAUUUUGACACAUUUUUAUUUGUUGACAGUUCUCUUUAGAAACAAAGUAAUUCGCUAACUUAACCACUCUCUGCACCCUAAGUAGGCCUAUACAGUACCUAUACAGUAUCUCAAUCUUUGAAUUUUUGAUGUACAGUUUGUCAAUGGUAAGAAUGCUAAAAAUAGCAAUGCUGUUCAUUUCAAACCACAAUGUCAUGUAAGGGGACACCUAGUAUGUGACAGCCAUGACAGCUUGCCUGCAUCAGCCAUAUUUUCUCAGAAAUCUGUUCUCCUCCUUUCUCCAAGAUCAUACAUCAUUAAAGAGAAUGAGGGGUUUUCUGGAAAAAGUGCUUAGUACUGCAGAUUUUACAGACAAAUUGAAUCAACUUAAUCACUUGCAGUGUUUCCAAUAAAGACCUUUUUUGUGUCGUUGUUUGUUGUACACUUCAGCUUCUAAAGAUGGAACACAUUAACCUCGCUGGAAGCUUUUAGUCAUUUAGUCCCAUCGCCUCAAUUCGCUAGCGCAGGGAUGCCACUUGUUCCGAAAUGCUCCUGUAUUGGAUGGAAAGUUGAAGUGUGUGUACUUGUACCCUUGGAAACCUUGUGGAAAAUUUCCAGUGGUAUUGAUUUCUGAGAAGAUCACUUUACUGAGACAACCUCAGGGAUCUGACCCCAAAGCUUGGCUGUAGUUCCUCUGCAUUAUUUUUAGGAGCAGCACAAUGUAGGUAUUUGUAUGGCUUACCAAGGUUUAUUAACAUUAGACUUGCUAUCUCUUUGUAAUGUAAAUUCAAUCCUAUAAACUCUUUAGCUGAAAUGGAACUAUGUUCCCCUGCACUCUACGUUAGCACCUACAGUAGAUUAGUUUCUCGCAUCAGCUCUAUUAGCCUGAAGCAUUUGUCAUUAAGAGGUGGAAUAAGGAUCCUUAAAGCCCAAAGGAAAUCUCUGAGGGGCCUCUUUGGCUCAGAGAGGUUUCUACCUGUCUGGAUAAACAAUGUAGAUUCAAUUGCAAAAUGGAAAAGUCAUAUUUGAAGGCUCCAUGCACACUUCUUUGCAAAUGCUACUUUGCUUGCAAGUACUGUCCAAGUAAAAGUGAGUCAGCAAAGACAAUCAUGUUGUCCCACUUGCAUUAAAAGUCUCCAAACAGUAUCAUUGGGAGUCUAUUUCAUAUAUGUUACAUAAGAUAGCAACCAAUGACAUUUUAGAAUGCUGACUUGAAUAAUUAGUAUUUUGCUCUCUCCUUUUUUAAGUUUUAGUCAAGUCAAGUCAAGUUAAGUCUGCUUUAUUGCCAAUUCUUUCACAUGUACAGUACAUGCACACAGAUAAUUGAAAUUGCAUUACUCUCACCUUUGGUGCAUACAGAUAACACUAACAGAAGAACAUUAAAUACAGAUAAUAAAAUAUAAAGUAACACAUUAAAGUUUAGCUUAGGGAGCUGCAUUCCUAUUCUUAAAGAUUUAACUUUCUACACAAUUAAGAGCCUUUAGACACUAAAAAAACUGAAGAAGAUAAUCAAAGUUUUGGAAUUUAAUAAAAGUUAUAGACAGGUGUGCUUUAGUUGCAUCAUUUCUCAUCUAAACUUUAAUUGUCCAAGCUUACCCAGAAAACUGCAGCAUGCUUGCUUUUCAAGAUGGAUUCUUAUACGUAUUAAAAAAGAAUGCCAGUCGGCUGCAGAGGCUAGUGUCUCCGGAGCGGCUCGUUGUGGUCUGUCCUGGCAAAGGGCUGUGAAGAAAUUAAUGGUCUGUUUAGAUCAGACAAAACUGGGUGAAAAUAAUGCCCUGCCAUGUCAACACUGAAGAGAACUCGUAGAGCAUCCGGAAAUGAUUGCCUUUGUCACAUUUCAUUUGCACUGAGUGUUUGGUAUCUGCUGUGGAGUAAAUAAGAAGAAACAAAAGCAAACAGAUGGCAAACAUUGUUAAAAUGCUGUUAUUUUUUUCUGUGUUUUCUUACCUGGAAUGUGAAUAAAUCUUUUCUUUUUUCUAUAUGUUAUAUGGAUAAGAUUUUCUUCAGAAGACCUUCAAAGAUCAAAAUAACCUGAAAUUGGUUUCUCUAGUCAGACUUUUUACAAUAUAAUUAACAAACAUAAGCAGCACAUCCUAAACAUAGGAUAAUCAACACUUGCAAUAGAAUGCUCUUAAAUAUAUCUCAGUGUCAGGUCUAUUUUAAAUAAAGUUUAUUAUUUCAUAAUUAAAGUUUUAACUUAACCUCCUUAAAAACGGCAUGAAACCAGGACGUAUUUUAAUAUAGUCAAAUAAAAUUCGCCUAAUAGUUUCAAUGUAGUUCUUAUAUACGACCAGCAGGUGGCACCUUUAGAUCUGCAUAAGCAGAGUGCUGGAUCUAUACCUUACCUUAGAUUCACAGCUUAAUUGAUUUCAUAAAUUUCAUGGUGGUAUGAUGUCCUCUCUGUUAUCAGUUUACAGACAUUUUAUUUCGCUUCCAUGUGGAGAACUCUGCGAUAGCAGAUUUUAGAUUAGUACAUUUUAUCGAAAGAAUUCAGUUUCGCAAGGAAGUUUUUGCAUGCAAAUAUUGGGGCCUAUUAAUCAUAUCAGACAUAGCCAACACAAACAAACAGCUUUAAAUGCUUCCCGCUUAUAAAUCUGUAAAAUGCCCUCAUUACACGUAGCCCAUGUAACUGCACAACAACCCUUUCCUCUCGCUGAUCUUGUUAUAAAACACAAACACAUGCAUGCAGGGGAGGUGACCUGACCUCAAAUCUCCAUGCUCAGGCUUUAUUUAGGAUCGCUUGUGUUGCAUCAAGUGUUUCUCUCCACCACAAGAACCCUCAACGGAGCUAAAAACAAAGAGUUGAAUUAUUUAUUCCCAUCAUAGCUGUUAAAGGGUAACAGACCAGCAGGCAUGUGGAACGAGGGUUUCCUCUCACAUAUCAAAAGGAUCAAGACGUCUUUUGUUUGCAUGUCAGGCUUGCACACCUUGUCAAGGAUUACUGCUUCGUCAUGUUUUGUUUAGCGCUGAUGUGGACAAGGUAUAUGAUGCCCUGAUGUGAUCUCGCUCAGGCCCUGCCUCUUCGCUCCUCCCCCUCGGUUAUCUGUGGAGUGGAGAGGACUGUUUGCGGGAAUCACUGGCGAACGUUCGUAUUUGGGCCUUUCUCGAGUUUCUCAGCUGCACCGAGACCUAAUGCUGUGCGCUGUCAUCACUCUUAACCUUGGAGCCAGACUCUUUCUGGCCCUGUCAGUGGCUACUGUAAACACAGCAGGAGAACAACUGACAAAUUGUGUAUUUUGUAGUGAAUGACUUCAAAAUAUAGACAGACACACCAGUCUAUCUACUGAGUCAGUUGUCAUUUGUUUUGUCUAUAUCUUCUGAGUUGAGUUGAGUUAACACAUCGAAAGUGAAUUGAAUACACCUGUACCAUGAUGAACAUGCUUUUGGAUGGUGAAAUAAGUAAUUUUAAGUCAUGUAAUAAGUUAUGAUAUUUUCUGUGGAUGUUAAUCUUACAAAUAUA